CGCACUUUCACUUUGAUACGCUGGACGAAGUGGGGAGACUGGUCUGCUACGCAAUCCACAUGAUAGGAGAUGAGAAUAUUAUUAAUUUUCGGUCUAUUUGAGAAAUCAUAAUAUGGUGGGCAUGUUGUAUGUAUAUGUGUCGUCUGUAUAUUCUUCACUGUUUUUCAGGAAUAUACCAACAUAGCCUAAGUCGUAAUUGAAUAGGCUCAAUAGCAAAAGUGAAAGCAUAUGGACUGUAGGCUAUUGUUUAAAUCCUAAACUAUCCUAUUGAAACUGACGUCGUGAGACAAUAUGCUUAAAGUUCUCUUUUUGACGGGAUACCUUAUGACAUACACCUCCGGCGAAGGAGGUGCCGACGUGGUUCUGUCAUGCUCCCUGGUGGAGGAGGCAUCAGGGCUGGAUGACAUGGGAGACAGAGCUCCGUUCUCCCGAAGUCCGGCUACACUGGUCCUGAGAGACGUGUCCAUCAGCCCAGACCAAGUGCCUGACACACUCACCCCAUUCGUCCCACCCACCGUCCCGGAUCCUGACCUCAUCCUCAUAGAAGCCACAGCAUCCUCCCCUGCCAUCCCUGAUGUGGACUUGCUGCUCCACGCUGACUGCAACGAGCAGGAAGUGGCGUGUGAGAUCAGCCGCUAUCACUUACCCCAGGGCGCCGCUGGGGGUGAUGAGGACCACCCAGCACCCGCCCACUUCUUCAUCGCCACCCUGGAGCUGGAGGGCGGCGGGCUCAGCACCGCGCUGGUGCUCCGGACCCUGGGGCUCCCGGCACCACCAGCAGCAGCAGACCCAGGGCCAGGAGACCGGACCCUGGGAGAGGGGAGGCUCGGCCUGCCGCUGAGCCGGUCGGGGUCCCUGCUGACCGAGGUGGUGUUCAUGGUCUUCUCCAGAGAGAAGGAGCUCACUGCUCCUCUGGGCGGGGACGUGCUCCUAAACUGUGGCUUCAGGCAGCAGGAGGCGCUGCAGGAAGUGGGACAGGAAGUCUCUGUGGAGUGGUGGUUGCAGCACCAGGGGCAUGGCAAAAGGGUCCUGGACCUGAAGCUGACUGGAUCCCAGGAGCACUCAGAAUCAGUCAAGAGAGAUGGCUCCAGCAUGGACCCCGCCCUGCUGGUGGCAGAUGGUAAUGCAUCCUUGACCCUGCGGAAACUAAAGGUAUCAGAUCAGGGGACUUACAUCUGUACAGUCAACGUCGGCACCUUUCAGGCUCAGCAGACCAUUAGACUUCAUGUAAAUCAACUUCCACGUGUGUCCCUCUCAGAGGAAAAGCUGGUUUCUCAGGAAUUUCCCCACAAACUGAGCUGCAAUUGCCAGAACUACUAUCCACUGGAUUGCAAGAUGGAGUGGUUCUCGGUAUCCCCUGACGACGUGGAGAGGACAGAGCUGAGUGGGGAGAUGUCCCUAUCCAGCCACCGUCAGCACGGUGACGGGACCGUCUCCCUGUCCUCCCACCUCUACCUCCAGCGCCGCAGCCUCCCCCCCGGCACCGGCCUCAUCUGCAGGGUCAGCCACCCUGCCCUUGGGUCCCCCAUCUCAAUCAGCCUGGUGGUGCAGCCACCCGCCUCCGUGCGAACAGAAGUCUACUGGAUGGGGCUGGGUUUCCUGCUGAUCACUGUGCUGUUCUUCUACCAGCUCAUGAGAUAGAACGAUAAUUUCUUGAAGAUUCCUGAGGUGAUUUGGGGAAAACCGGUUGUAACAAGCUGUACAUUUUAGUUUCUGUAGAAAGUCUUUGCAUUUGUUUGCAGUUUAGAGCAACACAGAUGGCACAACCGAAAAUAAAUGGUACAAAAUAUAUAAAAUGGCAACGACUAGUUCCUGAUGUUUAAAAUAGAAUCGAGCACACUUAAACUUCUAUUGAUGAGUUCUUUAUUGGCAUCAGCAAAAGUGGUAAGCAUGCAAUUUUACAGAAUUAUCAAUUUCCAAUUGCAUCUCUCACUGCAUUUCAAUGGUAAUAACCCAGUUAUAGUGUUGUACAUUAUCACUAGGUAAUUGUGAUGAACACUAGGUUUAGCUUUUUUUUUACACUUCAAAAUCAGUCUUGGGAAAAGAUAUCUGGCUUUCCGUUAUUUCUGACAACCAUUAAAAAACCUCCAACAACCUUGAGCCAGCUUUCGGUAGCAGGAAGUGACCAAGCUGACCAGACUCCUUUGAAGACCUAAACCAGUGUUGUAUUGUAUCACUUGAUUUCCUUUCCCUAUACUAAUUGUAUUUUUCCCCCUCAAAACACAAGUGAAUUAAACAAACAUUGUCCUAA